UUUUCAUCAACGCUUUGUAUUUGAAUUUGUUUCGUGUAGUGUGAUUAUAUUCGACGUUAAUACCUGCUAUUUUGAUAACAAAAUGGACGGGGAACAAAAAUAUAAACUAAUAACCUGCGUUGAUCCCACUAAAAUCAAUGUACCUAUAAGAGAUAGAUUUGCAAAGCUUACACUGUCAAAUAAAAAGAAACAACACGACACAUUAGAAACGUGUGAAGAAUGCAUCCCCGGUGAUGUGGAGCCAAUAAAACGCGUUAGUCGCAAUCUAUUAGAAAUCAUGGAUGAUGUAGCUCCAGGCAGUUCCCAAACUAUCGCUGUACAUAAAAGUGCUACAUCUGCAUCCACUUUGUCCAAUUUAACAGAAUUUUCUCCAAUGGAUGGGAAGAGUGAAAAUCUUGACACUGAGAGCGGUUACUUACAGGGAAAUAUUGGAGCAGCUUCCACAAUUUCUAAUAUUCCUCACUAUGUUAAUCCCCUGUUGCUUAGUGAUAGCAAUGGAAGUAAAGCAAAUGAACAUAUUUCUUUAAAUAAUGAUAUAUCAAGAGAGAAUACCGAAGAUAUGCAGCCUUUACAAGUGAGUGACUAUAAUCACACUGCAGAGUAUUUACGGGAAUACGAUAUAUCAACACUAACAAACGACGUUUCAAAAAUGGCUGUGAGUGCGCAGCAUUUAAACAAUAUUGAAAAUGAUGGACUUAUUAAAGAAACUACAUUAUUGGUUUCUACAGAGAGUCAGCGAAUGAGUUGUGACUUGGAACAACAUAAACUGCAAAUAUGCAACAUAAAUUCCCGAGGUAAAAGCCAAGUUCCUGAAAAUGCUGGAAUGUCCCAAUCUGGUUGUAUAUCAUUGUUAUCAACAGACGAUAGUUGCAGUGCCAUAACAAUAAGUGAUAGCACUGUUUCUGAAUGUACGGAUUUCAACUUUAUGACAUCUGAUAUACCUGAAAGUGGUCAUUCUGCUGAUGCCUUCAUCCCAAAUACAUUUAGUAACGAAAAAGCAGAUCGGAUGGAGGCAUUUUUACGAGAUGUUUCGCAACAGCGCAGAGAAUUGGAAGCAAAUCACAAAAUUAUGGAAGAUAAUUUUAACUCUUUAAGAUAUAUUGCUGCAGUUACUCCUGAAAAGAAUAUUGUAACAAAUAAUGCCUACCAAAUUCAUGGUGAUUUGGCGUAUGCGGCCACAGAAUCCAUGACUUCCAUUGCAAGUGACCUGCUAGAUAGAGAUGAGUGUGUCAGAAUUUCGAAAACAAUUGUUCAGACAGACUCACUUUUGAAAAAUGAUACUUUAUCAAUGAGCAAAAUAAAGACAGAAGAAUUUUCAAUUGGUGAAAUUCAUAGUGAAUGCGAAAGAAGUGCUGAAGGAGACCCCCGACGUCUAGCUCAUGAAGAAACUGAAUUGAACUCACCUACAUUCAAGGAGAGAAAAAACAAUUCAAUAGUAUGUAGUGAAAAAAGUUCCAUUUCGCAUGUUAGUAACGUGGAUUUGCCCGAAGAUUCAGUUAUUAUAUCUGAGACGUCCAGCGAAGAUAUGAAUAUUCCUUCAGUCAACAUUAGCAAUAGUAGCAGUGAAUGUAGUCGAACAGAAGCUGAGCGGAACCAAUCAUCAGCACCGCAAAUAAGUAUCGGUAAUAUAAAUAUUUCUGCCAAGAUUAAUAUAAAAAUUUCAAUUUCACAAUUGGAAAGUUUGGAAGAUGAAAGUGUCAAUAACGAUAGCAAUAGUGAAGAAGAAUGUAAUAGAGUUAAUGAAAAUAGUAAAAAUGUAACAACAACCGCUUUGGCAUCUAAAGAUCAAGUAUUUGAGACGUCGUGCAAUGAGAAAAAGCAACAUAAAAGUAACACAAACCCAUCCGAAUCUAUUGAAAAUAGUAAUAAUAAGGAAGAAAAUUCUGAUGAGGAUGAACCGGAUGUGAAUUUUCUAACUCACGCUGAAAGACUUCUCACCCAAGUAUACGGGAAAGCAUGGAAAACACCGGAAGUAAUACGCACUCUGAAACGUACCAGCCGCACUCCGAAAAAAAUGGACUCUACACAAUUACCACAAUCAUCUAAUAAACAGUCUUCAUUUAAGGAAACAAAAUCAGAAUCGCAUAAUUUGGUCAACACCACUGGCAGAAGCAAGAUGAAUCAAAGUGUGGUAGAAAGCGCCCUCGAUGAUUUUUCUAUUUUUCGUCGCGAUAUUGUUCAAACAAAUUUGGACUCUACUCGCUAUAUGACCCCUAAUUUACAUAAGGACCAAGUUAUAUCCGCUGCUCAAGAUAAUAACUUUAACAGCGAACCGCGUUUUAAUAGGCAGCGAAAAGAACAUCGGGAACAAGACUUUAAAUUACCAAGAACCGAAGUAAAAAGAAAAUGUCCAACAAAGCGACAACAGAAUAUUGUGGCAGCAGCUGAACGUUGGCGUCAAUUGGUCGAUGUAGAUAGCGGUACGUCAGGGGACAAUGCUUCUGAUGACGAAACAUUAGAUAAGACGCCAACACACGAUAAUUCACCUAAUGGUAAUAUGGAGAAUAAAUCUGAUGAAUGGAGCCCACCGUCUGAUCAAAGCGAUGACAGUGACUAUAAAACCUCACAACCCAAAAAAGGCCCCAAAGAAAACGCUACAAAAAGACAAAGUAAGAAGUCAACUAAAACUAAAGAUGCGGGUGACUCUACAAUAUCUCGUCGUGUGAAAGCGAAGAAAAAAGAUGAUAUAAUUUACUUAGAUUUAUCUAAAGAUGAAGUAACCAUACAAGAAGGUGAAACAAAUUCUCCAUUGGCAAAUAAUGAUGCGAAUUUUAAUACCCAUUUGGAAAAUAUUUUGCGGACUUGCAAAGCGACCGACAGGGCAAAAAUACCAGCUACCCCAACCACUGGUGGAAAAUCAAAACGAAAGUUAUUCACUGCAAAUUUUGGAGAAGAAGAUGUAGACUUAACCAUUGGCGAGGACGGGGUGCAACCUCGAACUCCUGUUAGACGUGUUCCAACAACUGAUGAGGAAAAACUUUCACACGAUAUGGAACGAGUAAAUAUAAGAGAUGGUCUAGACAACUUUGAAAUAUUUAAUAAACAUUUGGAAGCAAUAAAACGCGGAAAUCCUGUUUUCAAUAUGACUCCAGAAAAGUCAACUGACUCUCCUAAUCAAACGAAACCUUCAAAAAUAUUGAGGGAGAGAAAUAAGAUUUCAGAACAAAUGUUCCCUACAUUUAAAAACAAAUACGGCUUUCUAAAAUCCCUUGAUGUAUGUGUGGCCAAAUCUCUUUGUGAUCCAAAAGCACUAUGUUACCGCGAGAAUUAUCGUACAAAGAAGGAAGAACUGGCAAAUUUGCUCUACGAGCUCUAUAAUGAGAAAUUAUUUCAAAACAAAUUAGAAGUGCCACUUCAAUGGAACAAGAAACUGUGCAAUACAGCUGGAAGGUGUUUAAAUAAGAAAAAAAUGGGCACUCGAACAAGUGUUAUAGAGUUGAGUGAAAAGGUUCUAACUAGUGCUGAUCGUUUGCGUUGUACAUUAAUACAUGAGUUGUGUCAUGCUGCUACUUGGAUAUUUAAUGGGGAAGGUGGUCAUGGUAGUACUUGGAAGCAAUGGGCGUUGAGAGCUAACCAGGUUUUUCCAGAAAUUCCGAAGAUCGGUGUGUGCCAUCAGUAUGAUAUCGAAUAUAAAUACACUUACAAAUGCACCUUAUGCGGCGCAAAAUCGCACGCUCACUCAAAAUCGAAGAAAGUUGAAAAUAUAAGGUGUUCUUUUUGUCAUGGUGCCAUUGAGAUAUUUUUAAAUAAAAAGGAUAAAGAUGGCAAUAUUUUGCCCACACCAGUUCGCGAGCCAACGGGUUUUGCAAAGUUUGUCAAGGACAAUUACAAACUAUAUAAACGCCCCGAUCUCAAACAUGCUGAUGUUAUGAAGAAAUUAAGUACUGAAUUCGCCUCUUUAAAGAUACCAGAGUAAAAAAAUGAAGUUGUUGGAAA